AUGGGCAAGAGCAGGACGAAGCGCUUCAAGAGGCCGCAGUUCUCCCCCGCCGGCGACUGUCAGGCCGAGUUGGCGGCGGCGGCGAACGGGACGGAGCUGGAGGAGGACGACGGGCCGGCGGCGGAGCUGCUGGAAAAGCUGCAGCACCCGAGCGCCGAGGUCCGCGAGUGCGCGUGCGCGGGGCUGGCGCGGCUGGUGCAGCAGCGGCCGGCGCUGCGGGGCCUGGCGCGCCGGGAGGCCGUGCGCCGCCUCGGGCCGCUGCUGCUGGACCCCAGCCUGGCGGUGAGGGAGACGGCGGCCGGCGCGCUCAGGAACCUCAGUGCCUGCGGAGGGUUCGAGGUCUGCGAUGACAUGGUGGCCAAGGACAUCAUGACGCCCCUGGUCCCGCUGCUCCGGGAGUGUAGCGAUGGACUGGAUUCAAACCAGCCGCCUCCCCGGGAAGAGAAGGAGCAGAGCAGAAGUUCUGUUGAGAACAUAGCCAACGAGGCGGUGAACUUGCUGUGGAACAUCUGUGAGUGCAGCAGCAGAGCGGUGUCUAUAUUCACCAGAGAAGGCUGUCUGGAGAGCGUCCUGAAGUGCUUAAGCAGGUUCCCCACCAACGUGGACCUGGCCGUCUCAGCAGCGUACUGUUUGCAGACGGUAACUGAGGAUAACCCCGAGCUGCUGAGAGCCUUCGGUGCCCCCGCAUUGCAGGUGCUGGAAGCCGCCAUGCGGGCUCCUGCCAGUUCCAUGGCGUACAUCCUGUUGAAGACACUGGUGGCAGGCACCGUUUGGAACCUGAAGGACAUUAUUCCGUCCAAGAGUCAAGCAGAGACCAUAAGCGCCAUCCUCAAGAUCCUAUCGGAAGUUCUGGACGUGGACGCCGGCGCAGUGGUCAUGCAGAUGAAGGAGGCCGAGGCGCAGAGGCUGAGGGCCGCCGCGGAGACCGAGGAAAGGUCGGGGAAGGCGAACGGCGUGGGGCUGACCGACGACGACGAGAUGGAGGAGACUCCUCCCGGGAGGAGGGUCCGGAGGAAAACCAUGAUCUCGGAUCUGCUUCCGCCCACUAACGAGGAGCUGAGAGAGGCCACGGCGCUGCUGACGGCGCAGCAGACGGCGCUGGAGAUCAUCGUCAACGUGUGCUGCAGCGAAGAUCCCUCCGACGACGAGUGGGAGGAAGAGCUUUCCAGCAGCGACGAGAGCGAGGCGUUCAUGGAGAGUUCCCUCGGCGAUGGUGGGGGGCAGCUCCUGUCUCCCCUCUGCCUCUCCCACGAGACACACGCCGCCCUCACCAACGUCCACAUCCCCAGGAAGGUGUUUGAGAAAACUGCCUUUCCCAGCAGCGCUGCGGUGGACGUGUGUUCCAGGAGCCCCACGUGGAAGCCUCUGGUUAGAAAGAUGAACACGGUGCAGUGGCGAGCCCUUGUGUGUCUGCAGAGCCUCGUGUCCCUGCUGGAGGUGGAGCACCUGGGUGGGGCACCGGCCCUGCAGGCCCUGGCGCAGCACCUGUCCACCCUGCUCUUCUCCCAGCCAGACCUCACUGAGCAUGCGGACUUCCUGGAGGCCAUCAGCGGCGCCCUGAGGGCCCUCCUGCAGACCAUGGCCGCCAAGAACAUCGCUCAGUGCAUGACGCCUGACCAGCUGAUGACGCUGUGCAGAGCCGGCAUCCAGAGCGGCAGCGUCGGCGUGAGAGUGAACGUGGUCAGCAUUUUGGGGAUCACGGGCAGCGUCCUGGCCAAAGAAGAUGGUGCACUUGAGACGCUCAAGGCCAUCGGGUGCUUCCUGCUGGAGGUGGCCACCAAGGACCCCUCGCUGGUGGUGGUGGGGGAGGCCCUGGACGCCCUCUUCGAUGUGUUCGCCGACGGCAGCGAAGCUGAGAGGGCCUCGGUGCAGAUCCGUUUGUUGUCUGCCCUGAAGGAGUUCCAGCCAGUCUUCAAGAUGAAGAUCCGAAAAGAAGGGAAAGGCAGGUACAGCCCAGACCAGCUGUGCGUCCUCGACAACGUGAAGACGAACUUGAGGAGGUUUGUCGCUUACCAGGAGGCUGUUGAGAAGAGACUGACUGCUUGA